GCUUACGGCACUUGAGGAGUAUCUCCGCACGCAACAUCAUCCUACCCGAAGAAGAUCCGGCUCCCGAACCGGAUCUGGAGUUCACCCUGCACCGGAAUCCAGACUCCCCAGCUUUCUACACAAGUGAAGUACUUUCAGAAACCAUGAGUCCUUCAUGGAAAGAUUUCGAAAGCAGCAAUUUUCCAGAAAAUGUGGACACUGCAUCUCCUCACGUCACAGUGAAAGUAUGGAGAGCAACCGAGAAAAGGCAACUCCUUAUAGAGUGGAUGGUGUUCUUCUCUGGCCUGGUGUUCCUAGGCGAGCAGAUUCCAAAAGAGGGAAAGAACUUCAAGCCGAACACCUUGAUCUUUGGUAUGUCUGAAGGCUACUAUGGAUGCAAUGAUUGUUAUCAGCAUGCGACCGGUGGUCUGGUGGAAGCUUGCCGCAAAGAAACUCUGUCUGUAGAUGCUGCCGGACUACGUACUUCCUGCACAUUGAGCACACUCUCUAGGAUCAAAACUGUGGAGCGUGCCAUCAAGCAGACCUUGGCGGCAGUCCAACGGCGCAGGGAUGGCAUCGAGGCCCACCUGUCGGAUGAGAGGAGGGUACAGGAGGUGCUGGCAAGGAGGGAGCUGCACGGGAUUCGAAUUUCCGUCCUCAGGGGGGAGCUACUGGCACACAGGCACCGAGUGGCAUGCAUGGAGCUGGAGAUUGCAGACCGCAAGGAGCACCUGAGGGAGAGAAGAAGGAUAAUGGAGCAGAAGUUGGUGGAGGGUAUCGCUAAAAGGUGCGGCGAAAUUUCCAAGAGUUAUUGUGAGCUUCGGGAAAGCCUGCUCAAAGUGGAAGCGCAGUUGAAUUUGCGGAGAAAGCAGCUGAUAUCGGAACUCUCUUGCAUAUAUCCCAUUGUGGAGUUUCCAGAUGGGAAUGGCUUCAGCGUCCAUUCUGUAUAUCUACCAGAUUCAGAGCGUUUUGGAGGUCACGACGAAACGAUGAUCGCCAUAGCCCUGGGCUACGUGUGCCAUAUAGUCCUAAUGAUAGCCCACUUCCUAAACAUUCCGUUGCGGUAUGCCAUCCACUUCUAUGGAUCGCGUUCCACCAUCUUCGACCACAUAUCCUGUUCUCUACCGGACAAGACCAGGGAGUUUCCCUUGUUCUCCAAAGGUAAAGACAGACGCUGCUUCGAGUAUGGCGUUUUCCUCCUGAACAAGAAUAUUGCUCAGCUUCGUAUAUACUCUGGGCUCACAACCCGUGACUUGAGUGCCAUGCUUCCAAACCUACACAGCCUCUUCAAGCUCAGGUUUUCCAUCAAUAGCGAUCCUUUGCCCGAGAUCCAGCCUUCGAAGAGCCCCAGGAACGGUCCCACUGGGGUGGAGGUCAGCGAUUCCGAGAUAGAAGUCCUGAAACGGGAGGUGGAGGCCAUGAUGCCUCCCAAGCAGCCUGCCCUGGAGCGCCUGGGGGCCCCCCUGGGAGGGUCCCUGGACGACGUCAGGCUCCUGGAACAAUCCAAGAACAAGGGGCGGAACAGGCUCACCUCUCACCACUCCAGCCACCCCAACCUCAACAACCACCUGCUGGUCCGGAAGGAGAACCCCAAAGAGGUGGCGUCCUCCCCCAAGGAGUCCGUCUUCUAUGUCCUCCCGGCCGACGACGGCAGUCGGCCGACCGGGGAAAUGGAGGACUUUCCGACGGACGCCGGCCUCCACAUGAAGAACCUUCAAACGACCUCCGACGAGGAGACGCUGCUUCCGAGGUGAACUGGAGGUCGCGGAUGCCGUCGAAAGUAUUAUCCAAGCAAAGUGGGAAAUGAUUGCUGUGAUGAAUUUAUGGUUGGGUAAAAUUUAAUUUUCACCUAGCUUUCGUACCUUAAGGUUAUAGUGCGACCGUCGGUAGUCGGCAUGUUUCCGAAGAGUCCAUUUUCCUGAAGGUGGGUCAGGUAGAAGAACAGAAUGGACAAAAUAGGGCUGCUAUAAAGAACUUGAACCUCUCUUUUUUUUAACUUUUAGCUGACUGAAAGCAGUUGCUGCUCCUCCUGCGUUAAAUAAUAAGGAACACAUAAUGGAAACAUACUAAAAGUACUUUUUUUGAGCAUCAAUCAUCAAAAUGGUUUACGCCAUUCUUUAUAAUAAUAAUAAACAUCAACUGACUUUCAACAACAAAGUAAAAGUGAAAUAUAGCCUCUCCAGAAAUUUACUGCAAUCUAAUUUGGAAAUAAAUCAUAAUGUAAUACAAUUAAUUUUGCAGCCAAUAAUUAAAUAAUUAAUUCCUCUUUUAUGAAACUUGUACUGGUUAAAAAAUAUAUUCUUCUUGCUAAAAUGUCACUAAACUCGAAUAUGGCGAACAUCCUUUCUUACUUUACGGAUGUUAAGGUGAUGGAUUCGUUUCUGUCUACGUCACAUGUGAUUGGCUGGUGCCAACUCUUCACGGUCGCAAUAUACUUUAAGGUAUCAUAAAGUUGAAAAGCUUUGCUUUUCUCAUCGUAAAGCGAAUAUGUUCCUUUUAAACUAUUGAAACCGAGUCCUUCAUGACUGACAAAAUGCAUUCCGACUAUGGCGCAAAGGUAGAGACAUUUGUUCGUGUUCUCCAGAGAACUGUAUUCUGUUCCAUAUCGGUGACUGAUAUUGAGAGAAAACGGAAUUUCAUAGCCUAAUUUAGAUAUUAGGUGAAAAUGUCAGCUUCAAGUGCCUUUUUAUUUUCUCUUUAGCAGAAUGUGGCAUUUCGUGCAAUAUAAUAUAUAGAUUUACCACCACUUUUCUAGGAGAUGAACGGAAAAGGCAAAUAGUUUCUCCAUGUUGAAAGAACAAAUUGGACUGAAGCAGCUUUUCUUUGUGUGCGCCAUUUUCUUUUCCUACAGAUUACCUGAUGAAUUUGAAAUUGAAAAUCAUUAAUGGAUUCCAGAAAAAUUUAUGUCCUGUGAAUUAAGUAAAUGUUUACCUUUUGUACAAAAACUAAGUGAUAAAGAACAAUGUUGUGAUGCAUUAUUUGCAAGAAAUAUUGCAUAGAAUGUUCUUCUGAAGUAUUAGUCUCUCUUUUUCACUGAAAAUAAGGUUUUGAGAUAAGACGCUAACAGUCACAAUGAAACUUUAACUGUAAUUUCUGUUUACGUUCAGAAGCUCAAAAACUUUUUUGCCUUGAAAAAUAAAUCUCCCCAACAAGUAUAUGAAAUAUUUCUUGUAAUUGUUGCGUCAGCAUUUUGUCCUCUCUCAUUCAUUUUUUUAUUUGUUUCACAAAUGAGCUUUUCUCUCGAAAAUACAUAAAUACAUCGUGUGGGGUCGAAAACUAUUCUUUUCCUGACUCAUGAAAUUGUGAGUAUUUUUUUUUAUUUUCAAUUACUUAUUGAAAAUUGUGGUACUUUUUACUUUACUUGUUUUGAUUCAUAGAAUUGUAAUUCGUUUUCACCGAAAUCUAUAACUGGAUGCAAAAAUCCGUCAGAUGCCAAAGCCUGUGAUAUGAAAGUAGUUUCUUGUACAUAACUACGGCAAAUUAGAUAAAUAAACAUAUAAUU